CACCUUACGGCGGGCGAGGGCGGGGGGAGCUCGGCCGGCUCCCGCCCAUGGAGGGGAUCCACACCGUUUUAGAUGAAAGGAUGGACCCGUUUAUGAGUAGAAUGACCGUACCAACUGCUACUUACCAAUCACCAUGUACUUCCAUUGGCGACCUUGACACCCAAGCUAAACCACUCAGCGAUUUAGAAGUGCCACCGCCGUCGCUGUUGUCUUACCAUUGCAGCUGUGAUAUCGGGAGCAACUUUGAGGCGUUUGCAACUGUUAUGUCACGGCUACGACAACACCUGUUGGAUGCAAAUGUAGAAAUUAAUUACACAGAGUACGUGGAUUUGAUGACACUGAAAGUUGAACAGCACCUCAAUAAGCUGAAGGAGGACAUAAGGUUCCUGAAAGGCGAUAACUUGGUCCAUGAUAGUGAUGCAAAUGAUUCAUCCCCUAUGACGUGUCAGCACAGGAAGCUUGUUGAGAUAGAUGAGGGGUUCAAUGGCUUGAAGCUACUUCUGGUUGUGGUGUUCCGGCAAAUCAAGGAGAUGCUGAGCUUGUUCAGUGCUUCAAUUCAUGAUCUUAGGUGGGAACAUGAGAUGCAAUUAGAGGUCACCAGCAUUAUGAUCGGAGACUGCAUUAGAAGUCUUAAGGAUGAAUUGGAGAGGAAGCUCUAUGAACAAAGUUCCAUUGUGAACACUCUAAAAAAGAAUUGGAAGGAAACUGUGUUUCAAUGUGGUGCUAUCCGUGAAGAACUGAUUGAUAUUGCCAAUAUGCUAUUACCUUCAGAUGAAGAAUCGGAUAUUUUCAAUAGCAGGCAUGAAAUUUUGGGCAACUGGAGUAACAGAUGGAAAUACAAUUUCUUUGGGAAGAAAACAGGGGAAGAGCGAACAUUAGCUUCCAAUGACAAAAAUGUCAGCUCCGCAACGCAGAAAUCUGUAUGUCCUGGGGAAGUUAUUUCAGAGAAAUCUGACUUCCGGCAUCUGACUGGUAUGAAUAGAGAAGAAAUGAUAAAGUACUUCAGAUUCGAGAUUAGCAAAUUAAAAAGGUUACAUGAGUUGUCAUUGCAAGAGAAAACGGAAGAAUUAUUCAAAUUCAAACGGGAAAAGGCAUCACUGGCUCUUAAGCAUGAUCCCGAGUUUGAUUCUUUAAGAAAGAAAGUUCCUGAGAUCAUUUCAAGAGUUGAUAUAAUCAUUUCAAAUACCAGAACUGCACCUACUGGCUGCAACACUGAUGAGGUACUUGAGGAAAGGAGCAGAUUAACUAGUAGAAUUGAUUCACUAUACUAUGCUAACCAGAAUCUUCGAGGUUUGCUUGCAGAAAAGAUGAGGGAUAUUAAGGAUUUAUCUCGCCAGAUAUCUGAUACCAGCAGGAAAAUGUCACUUCAAUUGUCACUGGAGGAACAACUUUCAAGGCAGCUCUACAAAAUUAAAGGAGACUAUGAGGAUCUAAACAUUCAAAAUACUAUUAGAGAUGAGUUGUAUCAAACUUUUACACAAAAAAUGUUUGAUGAUUAUGGGAACAGCCUGAAGGGCACUGCACUAAAUUUUCAAGCAAGGGUGACUUCACUUGAAGCUGCACUCUUAGAAAAGGAGAAGCAAUUGUGUCUGGCUAAUGAAGAAAACCAGAGGUUAAAGGAUAAGUUGUCAAUACAAGAAAAGGGGCAUGGCAUCCGAGAUAAUCAGGAAGAUUCUGAGUUAAUCAAGCAAGAGAAUGAGGAAAUGAUACUCCGUGAUAUCGAGAUGGAGUCUCAUAUAUCACCUAGGAGAUCACAUGCGAAUUCUGAGCAGAAUGCAGAGUAUGAGGAGUUCAUCAAACUGAAACAAUCUUUAAAGAUUGCCACAACUGCCUUGAAGGAAGUUGAAUCAAAAGAAUUGGAUUAUAAUGUUGUUCUAGGUAAAAAUGAGCAAGAAAAGCAACUAGAUUGUAUUCUGGUAUCCAUUACGGAUUUGUCAAAAGAAUUUAUGGAGAUCAAACAUAUAAUGUCAGUAGAUAUGGAAGGAAGUGAAAAAAGGUCAGAAAUUCUGAGUGACCAAUGCAACCAUAUGGUACAGCAGGCACUUGUGCUUACAAAGAAGGGCCUUUGGUAUAAGCAAAUGCUAGAUACAAGGCGUUCUGAACUCCAAAAAGCUGAAACUGAGGUUGACGUUUUAGGAAACAAGGUUAAUACACUCAUAAAUCUUGUUCAAAAGAUAUAUGUAACUCUUGAGAAUUAUUCUCCAGUAUUUCAGCAAUAUCCUGGGCUGCUAGAUGCUUUCUUGAAGACAUGCAAGCUUGUUGCAGGUUUAAAAAGCAAGCAAAAAGAGGACUUACAAGAUACAUCAUAAGUUGGAACAUCUAGAUAAUUUAGGUUCAAUAUUUAAUUGAGAUCAGAAGCUUAGGGUUUCUAGGAAGAUAUUAAUUCCACGGUGGAGGAGGAAUGUUUUUGAAACAUCUGAAAUCUUUCCAUGAGCAAAUUGACCCACCAAAUAUGCAGUCAUUAUGGAAUCAAGGGGAUCUAUCAAGCUGAACGUUGAAACUUUAGGUUAAAGACAGUUUCACUGCAUAUAGGUAAUGUGAUAUAUAGUUAUGUCUGUGUGUAAAAUCUAGAUAUCAUGACAUCAUGUGGGUGAUGAGUGAAGUCACAUCGUGGCAGCUCGCUCCACAGAUGGUUUUGUAGAUUUUAUAUCCACUAAAGUGUAUAUAGAAGUGAAUGCUGAAUAGCUUUCUGAUGUACUGAUUACGGUAUGUUUAGUUCAUAAUUGAUGAGGGUGAUACCGUGAUAGCAUUUUUGCCAGCAGAUUGUAUAGAAAUGGUGUUGCUCUUAGUCAUAUUCUACCCAUACAUCGUGUUGUAAGAAUUUACAGCUGCAAAGUUAUUAUUUAUUUA